AUACCAGAACUGAGUCUACGGAUAACAGAGAGGCAGUAAUGGCGGACAACUAAGACGCUCAACAGUUUGACAAGUUCUCCUAGAAAUUAUUCCAGAAGUUUAUACUAAUUGAGAAUCAAGCAGAAUGACGCAGUUUUUGCCACCAAAUCUUUUGGCUCUAUUUGCGCCGCGUGAUCCUCCCCCGUAUUUGCCACCGGCCGACAAAUUGACCCAUGAGAAAAAACGAACGCCAUACAUUGGUAUAGCUCAGUACACACAUCUUUUCGAGGAUCCUAAAGACACGCCUCCUCCUACGCGAGCUGAAACACGAGAUGAACGUCGUGAAAGAAAACGCCGUGAGAAGGCAGAACAAGUUGCCUAUAAACUUGAGCAAGAAAUUGCAACCUGGGACCCGCAUAGCAGUGGUGUUUCUACCAUGGAUCCGUUCAAGACACUCUUCAUCGCGCGCAUCAAUUUCGAUACCUCGGAAUCUAAAUUACGUAGGGAAUUCGAAGUAUAUGGUGUUGUCCGGAAGAUUGUCUUGGUGCAUGAUAAGAGGACAAGCAAACCACGUGGAUAUGCGUUCAUUGAAUAUGAACAUGAGCGGGAUAUGCAUUCUGCAUACAAACACGCCGAUGGAAAGAAGAUUGACGGUCGGCGUGUCCUUGUAGACGUGGAAAGGGCACGUACUGUCAAAGGUUGGCUUCCUCGGCGCCUGGGUGGAGGUCUAGGUGGAACUCGUCGUGGCGGUCCAGACGUUAACGUCAAACAUUCGGGGCGAGAAGAUAACGAACGUGAAAGGCAGCGUUAUUUGGAUCGUGAAAGAGAAAGAGAGCGCGGAGUGCCUGAGCGUGCCGAGAGAGAUAGGGGUCAAGAAAGGGAGAGAGAUAGGGAACGGGAUAGAGAUAGGGGGACGGAUCGUGAAAAAGAAAGAGAUCGUGACCGUCGCCGAAGAUCAAGAAGUCGUGAAAGGAAACGUACGCGAAGGAGUGAGGACAGAGGUGAUGUAUCGGUGAGUGCGUCCGAGAAUAAUGGUCCUGCAACAUCGGGCGAUGAACGCCGUAAAGAUAAAGACAAGGAGAGAGAUAAAGAAAGGAGGAGAUCGCGCUCUCGAGAUCACGAGAGGCGGAAACGUUCUAGAAGUCGAGAUAGGAAAAGGUUGCGACGUAAUGACGGUCAUAUUGACGGUUCUUUGGGUGGUUCAGAGAAUGCUGCUCAAGUCGCUUCGGGUGACGAACGUCGUAGGGAAAAGGAUCGAGUCAAAGAUAAGAGCAAGGAACACCGCGAACGCCGUGACAGAUACAAGGACAAGGAAAGAGAGCGUCGAGAUUACGUUCGAGAAGACGGUGAACAAGUCCGAGUAAAGGAAGAGCCAAUUGAUGACUAUGACUACACGGCUCAACAGUACGAAGGGUAUGGGCAGUACGAUCCAGACAACAUAAAGUACGAAGUUGAAGAGUCACAAUUCCAGACUGAAGAAUACUAGCGUAUUUUUUUUUAUAGCAGUAACUUGUCUGUGUAUCUUUAAGACUUAAACUUCAUAUUUUUUUUUAAUGAGGUGAGUAUGAAUGAUGUAAGGUAAUGUAUGCGUUUGUUUAUCAACAUACAACGGGAAUAAACGUCAUUCAAACUAACAA